AUGGAAAAUACCAAGAGGAGGGAGUUUUCUCAUCCGUAUACCCCAUACCCCAUCCAGGUGGAUUUUAUGGAGGCUCUUUAUGAUUGCAUUGAGUCCUACAAGGUGGGUAUCUUUGAAUCUCCCACUGGCACAGGAAAGACGUUGUCUCUUAUCUGUGGUAGUAUGACGUGGUUACGUAAGAACAAGGCGCAAUUGGCGGUUUCAACGGCUAGUGCUGACGAAAACGAACCCGCUUGGGUGCUGGAACAGACCAUUCAACUGGCCAGAGAGGAGUUUUCACGUAAUCGAGAAAUGUUGCAGAAGCGUCUGGACAAGAUGAGGAGAAAGAAUAUGAGAGCACGAAUCAGCUACGAGCAGGGAUUCAAGCGUGCCAAAAAGGCUCCAGAACCUGUGGACGACUCUCAAUUCCUUCCAGAAGAUUACUCCGAGGUGAUCAAGCCGGAAGUUCAACGGCUGUUGUCAGCCCUGGCUCCUCCCGUGGAGAACGACUUUCAGGAGCCUGUCAAGAUCAUUUUUGCCUCUCGAACGCACUCGCAGCUGUCCCAGUUUGUGGGACAAAUGCAACAUACGACGUUUCCCCCUUCCUCUGAUCUUCAAGACCUGGAGAGUACCAAGCUCAUUUCUCUGGGCUCGCGUAAACAGCUGUGUAUAAAUCCGCGAGUAAGUCACAUGAACAGCGUACAGGCCAUGAAUGACGCGUGUCGUGACUUGAGAGAGGGUAAGAAGGGCGGUUGCAAGUACUACAAAAAUCCACACGACGCUCUAGGGAAGGUAGACAUCAACACAUUUCGAGACACGACACUGGCAGAGAUUCUGGACAUUGAAGAUCUGUACAAGCUGGGAAAACAUACCUCUACAUGUCCGUACUAUGCUUCUAGAGCCUCUAUUCCUGCAUCGGAGGUCAUUACUGUUCCGUAUCAGAUUCUAUUGUCUCGAUCUGCACGGAAGGCCAUAGACCUACCAGUCAAAAACUCCAUCGUCAUCAUUGAUGAGGCACAUAAUCUGCUCGACACAAUAACAUCGCUCCAUACAAUGUCUAUCACCAAAUCUCAGGUGUCCUCUGCCUCUUCUGGACUGCAAAAGUAUCAGCACAAGUUUCAAAACCGUCUCAACUCGGGAAACAGAGUCAAUCUCGGCUAUCUCGUGAACAUGCUUCAAGCGCUGGAGGUGUUCUUUGAGAAAGCCCAAAAGUUUCACAAAAAGGAAACUGCACCCGGAACUCCCGUAACCACAUCUUCCCUGUUUGAUGGCAGUACUGCUGAUCUCAUCAAUGUCAACAGACUGGAAAAGUACAUUGACGAGAGUAAGAUUGUGUUCAAAAUUGAGUCAUACCUGGAGCAUGUUAAUGGUGAGACUCAGGAGAAGAGCCACUCUUCGUCUCUAGUUCUCUCGAGUGUCAUGGAGUUCCUCAGACAGGUGAAUAAUCCCGAUUCGGAGGGCGUUCUCUGCUUUGAUGGACCUACAAAACUCAAGUACCAACUCCUUGAUCCUAGUGAACCCUUCAAGGACAUUGUGGAGAACGCCAGAUGUGUGGUGCUUGCUGGUGGAACCAUGGAACCUACUGGGGACUACCUAGAGUAUCUACUUCCCUACCUGUCUCAAGAUCAGAUCAAGUUGUUCUCCUGCGGACACGUUAUUCCUCCACAGAACUUGUCCGUUCAAGUCAUUCCGAAUGGCCCCAACUAUUCCUUCAACUUCACCUUCGACAAGCGAAACGAUGAGAAGAUGAUUCUGGAUGUAGCAAUAACAUUGUUGGUGUACUCCAAGAUCAUCCCUGAAGGUAUGGUGGUUUUCUUUCCGUCAUACAAGUACCUGGAGCAGGUGGUUGCGGUAUGGAAGAAGGCCAAGAAGGACGGCAAGAACAUCUACGAGAUUCUGAAUGACCAGAAACGAAUCUUUGUCGAAUCUCAGCAUGAUUCUGUAGAGAAGACUCUGUCUGAGUACGCCGAGGAAGUCCCCAAGGGAGCUAUUCUGCUCUCAGUGGUUGGAGGCAAGAUGUCUGAAGGUAUCAACUUUUCAGACGGACUUGCACGUGCCGUCUUCAUGAUCGGACUGCCUUUCCCUAACCUCAUGUCUGCGGAAAUCAUCGCUAAGAGAAAGUACAUUGAGCAGUCUGUGUCUGAGAAGAUGAAGGCCAAGGGAGUCUCUGCAAAGGAAGCUCUGGAGGCUUCGAAAGGAGCUGCGCGUGACUUUUACAUGAACAUUUGUCUGCGAGCAGUCAACCAGAGUGUGGGACGAGCCAUCAGACAUGCCAACGACUAUGCUUGCAUCUUUCUGCUUGACGGGCGGUUCGGCAAGCCUGAGAUUCAAAAGAAGUUGUCCAAAUGGAUGAGGGAGGGUAUUAGAGAGGGUUCAUUCAAGGAGGCCCUAGGAGAAGUCCAACAGUUCUUUGCUUCUCAUGAAAAGAACUAA